AUGUCAUGGGUCCACAAUGCAGUAAGGUGCAAUGUGGAAGAGCUUGAUCUUUACAUCAGCCCUGGAAGUGAGAUAGCUCCGAAUUUAAGCAGGGCCAAAGUUCUUACCCUAAAUGAAGAGACCGUUAAGGCUCUGUUUCGGAGAGGAUCCAUGCCACCACCAUUAAACAAUGUUUGUUCUCUGGGUCUGCGGAUUGGAAAUGUUGUUGAUGAGUUAGUCGCAGCUAUGGUUUCUCUUUUUAGAGGAAUGCCAAAUUUGUGUAAUGUGCUCAUAAAAACAAAGCCACCUCUGGAUGACCCUAAAUCUAAUACAUCUGGGUUUAAUAUGGGAUAUUGGAAGAUGCAAAACCUCGCUUUUAUUAAUCAGCUUAAGGAUGUUACCAUAAAGCUUUCUGAUGGGUCUAAUGGAGUUGAGCUAAAUUUGGAUGACAAUAUGAGGAGGUUAGACGAAAGCAACCCGUGCCACAGUUCUGUUCAAGGAAAGUCGAGACUUCUUACUGUGAAUGUUGAUGGAUCAAUUGUGGGAAUUAUUUAG